UUGUUGCACACGUUUACAUUGCUUCCGGUUUUUAUUCUCUCGGCAACCGCGGCUGCGCACCUUUCGUUGUCACGUCCAUCGUACCACAUUAUUGUACGGCUAUAACCAAAGUUCAGAAUUCUGAGUUCCGGACGCGAAUCUCAAAUCAGUCUCAGCACGUGCAACACACAUCGCAACGGCCAUCACACGACGGUGCGCAAUGUUCUCGUUGGUCACGCUCGCGUUCGCCGCCUGCUCCAAGACGGUUAGGAAAUCGUACAACAGGACGGUUUCGCGCGCGGCAAGGGUGCGCCUGCGCAAGUGCUGCUACCGCCUGAUACUGUUCACGCGCACGCGGCCGUCGACGAACCCGCGGAACACGAAGACGUGCUUCUUGGCGGCCAAGCACGGCCACCUGGAAUGCUUGCGCGCGGCCCACGAGAUGGGCUGCUCAUGGAACGUGCACACGUGCCACGUGGCCGCGCGCCUCGGCAACGUGGAAUGCUUAGCGUUUGCGUACGGCCACGGGUGCCCGACGGACCCGGACACGUUCCGCUUGGCGGUGACCAACAAGCGGUCGGCGUGCGUGCAGUUCCUGAUGAGCACCGGCCGGCACCACUGGAACCCGGAGCUGAUGUACGACGCGGUGAUAAACGACCGCCUGGAAACGGUCGCGUUUCUCCACGAGAACGGUUGUCCGUGGACGUCGCUGCUGAUGGGCACGGUGGCCAUGUCGGGCAACUUGGACAUUAUGAGGUACGCGCACGAGCACGGGUGCCCGUGGCAGGAGGACACCAGUGCGCGGGCCAUGGCGUACGAGAACUUCGACUGCAUGAAGUACGCCAUUAAACACGGAUGUCCGCUGUCUCGGCGCUAUGAGCUGUUCGCGCCAAUGCAACCGAUUUACAGCAUAUUAUAGGACCGAUUUUCGCGUUUCAAUUUCCAACCGUUUCGAUCCGGUCACGCAAAAGCGUUACCGGUUAUUUUCGCCGUAAAUUUGAAAAAAAAAUAAACCAACGCCGUUCACGUGCUUUCCUCCCUAGCAAAGGAUUCAUAUAGUAUACUCAAUGUUAAAUUUACAUUCUCUUCCUGUCGAAUUUAUUUGUAUAAAAAUUAACGUCAUGAUGAACGGCACUUUUUUUUUUAAACUCACUUAACAUUAUUCGUCUG